CGUUACUAAAUUUGCUUUAAUGUGAGUUGCGUCAAGGAGCACCGGAUGUUUACCUGGAUAUAAUGGAAGCUCUGAGGUGACAGCAGAAACGCUUGUGCAUAUCGAGGCGUAACCUAAAAGCGUUUUUUUGCGCUCAGAGGGAUCAAGACCGAAGGGAGGAGGGUCGGAAGGGGAUUUCUGAGGCCGAGUCGACUUCCUAAAGUAAACUGAAAAGGGGAGUUACUUUCGCGGGACAGACGCGGCACGCCCCUUUGGCAGGUGGAACAAAUAGCGGACCUCUCGGUCUUGUCCCUUGUCUUCCAUCCAUGUAUGUAUUCUUGUGCGCGUUAAGUCAUGCACUAAGAACGGCAGGAUAUCGUAAAUGUCAGUGUUCAGGGGAAUGAGAGAAGAAAGAGGCUUGGAUAAUUUUGUCUAUUGGGCAAUAUGAUACUGGAGACAGUGGAAUGUGAGUUGUGAGGUUGGUGCUGUGAAUCCAACAUGGAGGUGAAGAAGGAUGGAGGAGGGUCGUGGUCCUCUCCAGGACCCUCUUCUGCUCCCUCCAACCCUGCUUGCUACAGGAGUACCCUCGUAGCUUUCCUCCUCUUCUUCCUCGUUAUAGGAGUCUUUGUAGGCCUGCUUAUUGCAUACCUGGUGCAGGAGCAGCAUUAUUUCAUGGAGACAGUGGAGCUGAAGGGUCUGAAGUAUGACCCUGUUCUGCAGGAUGAGAACUCUGGCUUCUCCAUAGUACUGUCUUCAGUUUUAAAAUCAAAGAUUAAAAACGUCUUCACUGCCUCAUCAGUAUCACAUCACUACAUUGACUGUAGUAUUGUUGCCUAUGGUAACAUUAAUGGUGACGUGAUGGCGACAUUCAGACUGGUCUUCAGGGUCUCCAGGGUCCAGCAGUAUUCAGACAACUUUGUUCAGGACUUGCUGAGAGCAGGGCUCAGCUCAGUCAUGCACGGGAAACCACUAGAGGUGCCUGAGUUUGGACAGAUCAGCGCUAUCAUCUUACUGGGGGCCAGCGGGAAGUCAUUUUAUGCGAUUGGAGAUGAUAUGAUAGCCAGAUGUCCUGACAACACCUUCACUUGUGACAACGGAGAAUGCGUCACCAAAUUAAAUCCAGGGUGUGACUUCAUACCGGACUGCGCAGAUGGAUCUGAUGAAGCUCGUUGCGUCUGCGGUACACGUCCUGCCAUGGGGAGUCGGGUUGUGGGUGGUGAAGAUGCUCGGCAAGGGGAGCUGCCGUGGCAGGUCAGUCUGAGGCACCAUGGACGCCACACUUGUGGAGCCUCCAUCAUCAGCGAACGGUGGCUGGUCAGCGCAGCACACUGCUUUGAGAGGGAUGACGACCCCAAAGAGUGGACGGCCCUUGUAGGGGCCAGCCUGGUGAGCGGCGAGGAGUCAGAGUCCAAAACGAUUAACAUCAAGUCGCUGGUUGUGUCUCCAGACUAUAACCCCAUGACCACCGACAAUGAUGUGACUGUACUGGAGCUGGAGACCCCUCUCACCUUCAGCCCUUACAUCCAGCCUGUGUGCCUGCCCUCCACAUCUCACGUCUUUGCUCCAGGCCACAGCUGUGUGGUGUCGGGGUGGGGCGCACUAAACAUGUUUAAUUCUGAAGUGCCUCCCACACUGCAGAAGGCGGUGGUGAAAAUCAUUGACUCCAAGGUUUGCAAUAAAUCGUCUGUGUACAGAGGAGCAGUUUCUCAAAACAUGAUGUGUGCUGGAUUCCUGCAGGGCAAGGUGGACUCUUGUCAGGGUGAUUCUGGAGGGCCUCUGGUGUGUGAGGGGGCCCCGGGGAGGUUCUUCCUGGCUGGAGUGGUGAGCUGGGGUGUGGGCUGCGCCCAGAUCAACAGGCCUGGGGUUUAUUCUCGGAUCACCAGGCUCCGCAACUGGAUUCUAAGCCACACAGAUCCCAGCUUGGUCCACGAUUACUCCCAGUAUGUUCCUACUGUGCCAGGUACUGUUCCAGGAGAGACCUUUAAUAACCCACCGGCACCCAGGACAAUAGCCAUGGAUGUGUCGCCUGCACCAACACUUCCUGUCUUGAACUGCAGUGGGAACUUCCAGUGUAGUGCCUCUUCCUGCAUCGGCAAGGUCAAUCCAGAGUGUGAUGGAGUCCCUGACUGCCCCAACCAGGCUGACGAAAGAAACUGUGACUGCGGUGUGCGCCCUGCGUUGGGCUCCCAGAGGAUUGUGGGUGGAGUAACAGCUCGUAGGGGGGAGUGGCCUUGGAUUGGCAGUCUCCAGUACCAGAGACUUCACCGUUGUGGCGCCACACUCAUUCACAGCAAAUGGUUGCUGAGUGCAGCACACUGCUUCAAAAGUGACUCGAGCCCUACUAACUGGGCUGUGAGCCUGGGAUCUGUGCUGCGCUCAGGGGUAGGAGCACUGGUCAUACCCAUCCAGAGGGUCAUCAUCCACCCAGCUUUUAAUGGCACCAGCAUGGACCAUGAUGUGGCUCUGCUGGAGCUAGCACUCCCAGCCCCGACGUCCUACACCAUCCAGUCUGUCUGUCUCCCCUCACCGGUGCACCGCUUCCUGAAGAAUGCAGAGUGCUACAUCACAGGCUGGGGAUCCAUGAGGGAAGGAGGUUCAUUGACCAACCUGCUGCAGAAAGCUGCAGUGAACAUCAUCGACCAGGCAGACUGCCAGCAGUCAUAUGGAGACAUACUGAGUCCUAACAUGAUGUGUGCUGGAUACAUGGAGGGAGGCAGAGACACUUGUUUGGGAGACUCUGGAGGGCCACUGACCUGUCGCCAGCUCUCUGGCCAAUGGUUUAUUGCUGGAGUGACCAGCUGGGGACAUGGAUGCGGGCGAAUAGGUUUUCCAGGGGUUUACACUCGAGUGACAUCUGUAAGGAAAUGGAUAUCUACAUACCUGCCUUUCUGAAGUUUGAUAAGAAGCAAAAAAAAGCAGCUGUGCCCAGAGAGAUGAUACAUCAAAUGGACAGCGGAUUUUCCUCUUCUCCACAAAAUUAUACUUUACAAGGACUGAAGUCAUGCUAACACAGUCAAUACACUCACACUUAGUGUUGUAUUGACCUGUGUGACCUAUUGGGUCACGGGUGCUGUUUGUAAUACUGUGCAAUCAUCUCAACUGGGACCAUCCUCUUUCAACAUGUGCUGAAGAAAUAUGGAGAAUUCUGAUCUUUGGCAAGUGGACAUUUUGCAAGUAAAUGCAUGAUUGAAAGUAUUUAUUUCAGUUAUUUAUUUUCCUGACUGGUAAACAUACAUGGUGCAGUGUAUUUUUUGUCAUUUUGUGUGGGGUUCUGAAUAUAUGUGGUUCAUUUAUGGGCACAUUUCCUUGUCUGUUUUUGUGUUUUAGAAAAAUAGUAAGACUAGGGUGCAAUGUAGUAAUGGUCACUGAAAGGAGGAUUUUCUGUGGAAAAUAUAUAAAGGAAUUCACCUUUUGCCUGAGUUCCAUGAAGGCAACACAACAGGUUGCUUCAUUGACAGAUUUUCACUCUUUUUGAUGAGAAAUUUAAAACCAACACAAGAGGAAAAAACUGAUUGACAUGAUUUAUUUAUUUUUCAGGAAAACCAUUUCACUUGCUCACAUGCACACCUCCAAUCAAACUGCAAAUAAUGUUCGCAGGCUUAUUUGGCUUGUACUUCCCCACAAAACCUCAGCAAGAUUUUUUUUUUU